AUGAUGGAGGGUUCUAAUGGGAUUAGAGUUGAAGUGUUACUGGCGGCAGCAAUUUUGUGCUUGGGAAUAUUAGUGGAUGGGAAUUCGAGUUCAGAUGAUGAGGCUGCUGUUUACAUUGUUACUAUCAGACAUCCCCCAACGGCCCAUUCAAGUGAUGCAUUCAUUGUGAAGAAAGACCAGGUUUUCCAUGGUCCUGCUGGUUCAAGCAGUAUGAAUACGCUGAAUAGAACAAAGGGUGGUUCGAGAAAUCCAAGGAGCCAUGGUUCUUAUUUUUCCCGCUACCAUGAUGCUCUGCUGAGGAAGGCACUAAAAGGGGAAAAAUACAUCAAACUGUAUAGUUACCACUACUUGAUCAAUGGAUUUGCAGUGCUCAUUACUCCACAGCAGGCUGACAAGCUUUCAAGAAGAGGAGAAGUGUCAAAUGUGAUUCUAGAUUUCUCAGUUAGAACUGCAACAACUCAUACACCACAGUUUCUAGGACUACCUCAAGGGGCAUGGGUUCAACAAGGUGGAUCUGGAACUGCUGGUGAAGGGAUUGUCAUUGGAUUUAUUGACACUGGAAUUGAUCCAACACAUCCGAGUUUUUCUGAUAAUACAGCUGAGAAUCCGUUCCCAGUUCCACAGCACUAUUCUGGCAUUUGUGAAGUGACACCAGAUUUUCCCUCAGGUUCCUGCAACAGAAAACUUGUUGGAGCUCGUCAUUUUGCAGCUUCUGCAAUUACUCGCGGCAUAUUUAAUGCCUCCCAGGAUUAUGCUUCACCUUUUGACGGCGAUGGACAUGGAACACACACAGCUUCUGUUGCAGCAGGUAACAAUGGGAUCCCGGUGGUAGUAGCUGGUCAUAACUUUGGAAAUGCUAGUGGGAUGGCCCCACGUUCACACAUUGCUAUUUACAAAGCAUUGUACAAGAGUUUUGGAGGUUUUGCAGCUGAUGUCGUGGCUGCCAUUGACCAGGCAGCGCAGGACGGAGUGGAUAUAAUUAGCUUGUCCAUCACGCCAAACAGACGUCCCCCAGGCUGUGCUACAUUUUUCAAUCCAAUUGAUAUGGCCUUGCUAUCUGCCGUGAAAGCUGGAAUCUUUGUUAUUCAAGCGGCAGGAAAUACAGGGCCAUCACCUAAGAGUGUUUUUUCUUUUAGUCCAUGGAUUUUUACUGUCGGUGCUGCUGCUCAUGAUAGGGUAUACGGAAAUUCAGUGGUUCUUGGCAACAACAUCACCAUAUCUGGAGUUGGGCUUGCAUCUGGAACGAAUGGUACAAUGUUUACUCUGGUUUCUGCUCUGGAUGCUCUCAAUGAUUCAAGAACGGGCAAUGAUAUGUAUAUUGGUGAAUGUCAAGAUCCUGCUAAUUUUAAUCCGGAGAUUGUUCAGGGGAAUCUCCUGAUUUGCAGCUACUCAAUACGUUUUGUGCUUGGUCUCUCCACAAUCAAACGGACUUUAGAAACAGCUGCUAAUCUCAGUGCAGCAGGAGUUGUUUUCUACAUGGAUCCUUUCGUAAUUGGUUUUCAGCUUAAUCCUACUCCAAUGAGUUUGCCUGGGAUUAUAAUACCAUCUCCAGAUGAUUCCAAGAUCUUUCUUCAGUACUAUAAUUCAUCUUUGGAGAGAGAUAGUGUUACGAAAAAAGUGGUCAAGUUUGGAGGAGUUGCAUGCAUUUCAGGUGGACUUGAAGCAAAUUUCAGUUAUCUGGCUCCUAAAGUUAUGUUUUACUCUGCUAGAGGGCCGGAUCCAGAGAACAGCUUUCCAGACAAUGCAGACAUUUUGAAACCAAACUUAGUUGCUCCUGGAAAUUCUAUUUGGGCUGCUUGGAGUUCGCGCGGAACUGACUCAAUCGAAUUUCAAGGUGAAAACUUUGCUAUGAUGUCCGGUACAAGUAUGGCUGCUCCUCAUGUUGCUGGGAUUGCAGCACUGAUUAAGCAAAAGUUUCCAACAAUCAGCCCUUCAGCCCUUGGCUCUGCACUUUCAACAACAGCAUCUUUACUUGAUAAAGAUGGAUCCCCUAUCAUGGCACAGCGAGCAUAUGCAAAACCAGACCUGAACCUAUCCCCCGCGACACCUUUUGACAUGGGAAGUGGUUUUAUAAAUGCGACGGCGGCAUUAGAUCCAGGUCUCAUUUUUGAUCUGAGUUACGAUGAUUAUACAUCUUUCCUUUGCGGCAUAAAUGGAUCAGCUCCAGUAUUUCUGAAUUACACCGGUCAGAACUGUAGCACUUCCACUAUCGGCGGUGCAGACUUGAAUUUGCCCUCAAUCACGAUAUCGAAUCUGAACCAAUCUCAAAUGGUUCAAAGAAUCGCUACUAACAUAGGUGGCAAUGAAACUUAUAGAGUUGGUUGGAGUGCUCCUUAUGGUGUAUCUGUAAAAGUGACCCCAAAGCGCUUCUGGGUUGCAAGUGGGCAGAGACAGGUCUUGAAUGUAUCUUUUGUAGCCCUAACAAAUAGCACGGCUGCAAGUUUCGGAAGGAUUGGACUUUUUGGAGAUCAUGGUCAUGUUGUCAACAUACCUUUAUCAGUCAUUGUUAAAACCUCAUACAACACUACGAACAAGAAUCACUCCUUCCACUAG